GCCCCCCGCGCCGGGAGGGAGGCCAGGGGCUGCCGCCCCCACCCUCGCAGGCUGAAUCCGGAUCUCCGAGCGGCCCAGCCCAGGACCCUGAGCAGAAGCCAGGAUUUUGGGAUUUCUGACUUCCUGUCAGCUCAGCGUGGCAGCUUGUGCUCCUGGCUGGAGUCCCAGCGGACUGCCACCUCUCGCCAUGGUCCCAGGGAUGGAAGCCAUGGUCCCAGGGAUGGAAGCCUUGGUGUCAUCAUCAGCCCUGGACAGGCAUGGAAGUGACCUUCUGACCUGCUUGGGCUAGGCUGAUUUCCAACCUGUGUCCAGAGAGAGGAUCUGAGCUAGCAGCCCAGGGAGGCUUCCUGGAGGAGAGGAGAUGGAGGAGCUGUUUGUCAGGAGGACAAGAGGAAGUGGGGAGGAACAGAAGAUGGCAAGAUUAGGCAUGAGGACUCCAGGACGACCGUGAGCCCGGCGGCCCGGGGCAUGUAGUCUAGUCCGGGCCGACGGCAGGGGAGAGUUUGACGCGCGCCGGGCGUCACAGGCCGAUGCCGCCUCCAGAGAAGAGCGACGGGGCCCGGGCCCGGGCGCCUCCUGCGGGACGCGCUCAGGGCCGGCUGCUGGGCCUGCCGUCGCCGGCGCUGUGCUGCGCUUGCGGCCUGUGCGUGCUGUUGGCGGGCGUGAACGUGACGCUGGUGGGCGCCUUCGCCUCCUUCCUGCCGGGGCCCAACGCGCCGCUCAUCGUGGGGCCGGCGCUGCUCGUGGUGGCGCUCGGCUUCUUCGUCGCCUGCUGCGUGUGUAGCAGCCGGGGCCCCGCGACCCGCGCGCGCUCUGCGGCCGCCGCAGGGCCCGGUCAGGGCGGCGGCCACGCGGGGCCCGUGGCGCUGGAGAUGGAGAGCAGCGAGCGCACGGCGCAGGACACCACGGCCGUGCAGCUGAGCCCGGCCGCCUCGGCCGCGUCCUCGGGCCGCUCCAGUCCCGGCCCCGGCCCCUUCGCCCUGGACGUCCUCGCGCCCGCGGCCGCCUGCGCGCCGCACCCCGAAGGAGUCCAGGUCAACCUGCCCCGGGAGCGGGCCGCCCCCUAGCGGACCAGACCUCCGGCCCUGGCUCCGCUGGCCGGGUUCCCUCCGUUCAGUGCCAUGUGAGCCAAAAAAAAAAAAAAAAGGUUUUCGUGCUGGGCAUAGAUGGCUUCAUCCGUUCCAUCUCCGGAACUUCUGGAGGGGAAAGGAGAGCAGAGCCCUGAUCCCUUAGAUGUCGGCCUUACUUCACCUCACCCCACAGGCUUGGGAGCCCUGACACACACACACACACACACACCCCUGUGGUAUUUGGGCACCACUCUGAGAAAGGCCACACACACACACACACACACACACACACACACACACACACACCCCUGUGGUAUUUGGGCACCACUCUGAGAAAGGCCACACACACACACACACACACACACACACAGCCCUGUGGUAUUUGGGCACCACUCUGAGAAAGGCCACCUACCAGCAAGGUCCAUGGGGGGGAGCAGAGGGGGACCAGGGGAGGGGUGUCAGUCUGGGCUGUUGCCCCUUCCUGCACACUGGGAAAGGCCCCCAGCUCCCUCUCCUGCCCAUCCCCACCCUCCUUGCUCUACCCCAAUAUGACCCUUGGGGGUUAAUUUGGCUGAGGUGGAGUUCUAGGGAUUGGGGUUGGGUGGUAGGUGGGUUCUGACUUAAGUCAAGGUAGUCCCUAGGGUAGAGCUGGGGUGGGCACACCCCACUCUUUCUACCUCACUGGAAGUGGGGAAAGCUGAGGCUGGGGCCCCAAAAGGGGUGAGUGGUGAGGGGGGUCACGGUCAGCAGCGCCGCCCUCUGCCUCCCUUGCUUGUGCUGCCCUCUGCAUCCUGCUGUGCCUUGCUUCUCAAUAAAGCAUUUUGG